AUGCUGGAACACUCUGCCGCAAUUGCUGCCUUACUGGCCCUUGAAGCAGGAGCCCAAGGCCAGGUGCGCGUCUCGGCUCUUCAAGGAGGCACUUUUACUCUUCCAAAGAAGUUUUUCGUCUCUGGAGCUACAAAUGAAGAGUUCACACGGGUUCCAUCAUUGUCAUUUCUCCUCACCCAGACUCGUGGUGCUGACAGGCGACACAAACGCACCCUCUUCGACUUGGGCCUUCGACGCGAUAUCAGCACGUACACCCCGGAGAUCCAGGACCACUUGAAAGAACGCUUGCCAAUACAAACCACACCAGAUGUUCUCCAUAUCUUAACAGACAGCGGGUUGAAAGCAAAUGACAUCGACCAGGUGAUCCUGAGCCACGUACACUGGGAUCACAUAGGCACACCGAGCGAUUUCCCGCAAGCCAAGUUUCUUGUCGGCGCGGGGUCCCUUUCAUUAUUAGAAAGAGGUAUCAACGGCCACAUGUCGCAUUCCAACUUCCAGCACGACUUGUUCCAGGACCUCGACGUCACCGAGUUGUCCGAGCCAAACAGCUGGGACUUGAUGGGGGGCCUCAGGAUGUUGGAACUGGGGGACAGCGGCCUGGUCUACGUGGUUGACUCCCCGGGACAUCUGAUGGGCCAUAUUUCGUUGCUUGUUCGAACAGGCUGUCGUAAGUGGGCAUGGCUCAUCGGCGAUGCGUGUCAUGACAAGCGCUUGCUGACGGGGGAACAAUCGAUUGCUGAGUGGAUUGACUCGGAGGGACGGACAUGCUGUAUACACAUGGAUAAGGCAAAAGCAACUGAGACUCUAGAAAUAUUCGCCAUAUGGAAACGUGCUUCUGAAGAGUGCGACGUUGCCUUGGAUAUCAUCUUUGCGCACGAUGUGGAAUGGGCUGAGUCACACGCUGAUGCCUUUCUACCUGGGGCAUUAUAA